CUAAAACCACAACAGUAAUAUCAGUCAGUAUAUGCAGUAAAGCAUGCUUGUUAUACUCACUGUGGAACCUAAGGGGUUAAUCCUUCGCACUGUGUAAAAACGAUGUUUGAUCCUGACUUCUUGCCCCCCCUCUUAUCUCCUGAUAACACAUAUCAUGUGGAGUCACUCUGCACAUGUUCAGUGUUGUGUGUAUUGCUAGAGAAGUUUUUUUUUUUUUGUCUUGGGAGAGUGCAUGUGAUCAGCACAGGGUCAAUCAGCACUUUCCAGACAGAGGUCGUGGGUUCUGCAUCCUCCUAGAACA